AUGAAACCCCAGGCUACAGAAUCGUCGCCGCUGCUGGCCUCCCGGUCAGCCACUGACCACAGUGUCGAUGAUAGCCAGCUACUGACCACAACCAGGUGUCGGGCCUCUGUGGUGAUGCCCUUGGUUGUUUUUACCUACUUUCUGGGUUACUACACGCUGGUCUGUGUACUCAACCCCUACCUGUAUGACGUGGUGGCGGAGGAGAUGGAUUAUAAACAUAAUUCUAGCAGUCAGAAACCUUGUGCAGAGAGAGACAGAAACCACACAAACACAACAGGCAAUAAGGUAGUAAUCCAGGAAAUGAUCCAGAAAAAGGUGGCCACCACAGAACUAUACCUGUCACUUCCCUGUUACGUCUGCGCAGCAAUUUCAAUUCUUACUGUUGGUCCUCUCACGGACAAAUAUGGCCGAAAAGUUGGAUUUUUGUUCCCGAUAGUCGGAACAUUUAUCAAGCAGAUCGUUUAUGCAGCAGUAGUUGGUUUGCACCUGCCACCUCUGAUCUUGAUUGUGGGUCACAUGUUUGAGUCGUUUGGUGGUAGUUUUGCUGCGAUGCUGACAUCGAUGUUCACCGUGGUGUCUGACAUCACAAACCCAGGUCGGCAGCGUUCUUUCCGCAUCACCGUCAUGGAAGCUAUGCAGACUCUUACAGGUGCUGCAGGUGGAUAUGUUAUCGGUCAAUGGAUCAAAGUCAGCUAUUUUCAACCAGUCAUAUUUAGUGCUGCCUGUGGUGUGGUCUCACUGUUGAUAGCAAUAUUUCUGCUGCCGGAGACCAUCCAGAAACGGCGGCUUGUUGCACCAGUAACUGUUACAUAUCCAAGAUUGUGGCUAAGGAUUCGAGCUUGUACUUAUAAAGUGCUGCCAUCUUGCUGGCAAAAGUUCAAGAGAACCUUCUCUCUGUUUGUGAGUGACCACUGUCAGCGACACAAUCUGGACAAACGUCGACUGUGCCUGGCUGUUUUCAUUUUGACUGUUGCUGUUAACUUCUCUACACCUGGAGUUCAGACGCUGUACUUGAUGAAGUGGCCCAGAUGUUGGCCAGCUACCAGAAUUCUCACUUUUGGAAGUAUCCAGAUUUUGUGUAACUGGGUUGCCAUUUUACUUCUAAUGGCACUAAUGCAGAAAGUGUUCAAGUUGGCCGACAGGCAAAUUGCCAUGUUUGGUGUUAUUUCCAGUAUAACUCACGCUGUCUUCAUGUCUCUGGCAAGCAAUGAUGUGAUGAUAUAUGAAGUUGCUGUGGUUGGUGUAAUGAUCAGAGCUAUCAUACCCAUGCUACGCUCAGUGAUGUCCUUGUUUGUUUUGUACAAACACACACAUACUCUCAUUUCAAUCAUGCUUAAUACACAUAGAAAGUUAUCAUUGAGGUAUGUCAGAUUUUUUA